UGAGCGGGUCGCCGGCAAACGGCCGCUAAACACUGUGGAAAAUAAAUGGGGUCUGGGCCGAGCGCAAAUAUUUAAUAAAAACGGCCAUCGGGGGGAGAAAAAGGGAGAUGAAAGCGUUUGAAAGCUCUCACUCCGGUGUUUUUUUUUUUUGGGCACGUUAAACACAUUAGCACAUUAAACAGCCUGUCUCGCACAUUAGUACGGCACAGGAGGGGAUAAUAGCCACACAGAUUAGGCUUUGAUAGGAGGAAGAUAACGCCCCUUAAUGGCCCGGUCCACACAGAGGCAGAUGAGGACUCUUUGAAACGUGGAAAAACACAGUGCCGAAGUCAGAAGCAAAGCGCUGGUCAGUGCACCACCCUCCUGCUGUCCCCAGUGUGGCCAUCUUUAGCCUGAACGUAAUCCAGUUGACCCCCCAACCCCCCCCCAGCCGUGCCCAGCUCAGCAGUCUCCCAUGGCAACCAGCAGGAUGGGGCUCUGGACCUUUUGAAGGAGCUGAAGGGAUAUAAUAUGAAUCUGAAACUGCUGCAGGUGACACGGAUCGGCAUGUCUGUGAAUGGCGUGCGGAAGCACUGCACGGACGAGGAGGUUGUCACACUGGCCAAAAUCCUCAUCAAGAACUGGAAGAGACUUCUGGAAUCAGCCGGCUCUCAGAAGGGGGAGACCCAGAGUGGGAGAGACAGCGAGACGAACUCCAGCAAUCCUGUCGGAGCAGGGCUCACCCCUCAGCCAGCCAAACACUCACCGGAUGAAGAGGACAGGAAACAGGCACUGGAUUCAAAGCCCAGCUUCGAGCCACCAAAGAAGCACACAUUCAGUGACCAGAAAAAAGAGAGAAAAGACUCUACAGAUUCCAAACCACCUCCUCCUCCUCCAAAGCAUCUACCUGUCGAAGUGAGAAAGGAGAGCUCAGGAAAAGACACCAUAGAUUUCAAGCCUUUUUCUCCAAUGCGGCCCUCCGUUGGUAGCAAAAAAGAAAGAAAAGACUCAACAGAUUCCAAAUCAUUGCCUCCAAAUCGAUCUUCCCUAGUAACCAAGAAAGAAAGGCAAGGUUCGGCAGAUGCCAAAACUAUACCCCCUAAAAGGCCUUCUCUGGAUGUCAAGAAGGAAAGGAAGGACUCCUCUGAUUCUAAGUCAGCCCCCCCAGUGAAAAGACCUUCAACUGAUGCUAAACCAGAGAGGAGAGAUUCAUCUGAUGCCAAGUCCAACAGUUCACCAAAAAAGCUUUCCAUUGACAUCAAAAGGGAUAGGAGGGAUUCGUUGACCUCCAAACCAUCUAAUCUCUCUCCUCUGCCAAGAAAACCUUCCACUGAGAGCAGGGAUGAGCGAGUGAACAGCAGUAAAGGCAAACCAGAGCCCCCAAAGACCCCAACAUCCCCCACCAGCCCACUGUCUCCCUCCUUCAGUCCUUUGGGGGGGCCAUUCCCCCCUCACCUGCUUACUGGAGACUCCAUCCGGGACAAAUGCAUUGAAAUGCUCUCUGCUGCACUGCGGACUGACGAUAACUACAAAGAAUAUGGCACCAACUGUGAUUCUAUGGCAGCUGAAAUCGAAGAUCAUAUCUACCAGGAGAUCAAAGCGACGGACAUGAAGUACAAGAACAGAGUGCGGAGCCGCAUCAGCAACCUGAAGGACCCCAAGAACCCCGAGCUGCGCCGGAACGUGCUCCGCGGUGCCAUCGAGCUCAGCAGGAUCGCCAGUAUGACAGCCGAGGAAAUGGCCAGCGAUGAGCUGAAGCAGCUGCGCAACGUUCUGACCCAGGAGGCCAUUCGAGAGCACCAGAUGGCCAAGACCGGAGGCACCGCCACGGACCUCUUCCAGUGCGCCAAGUGCAGGAAGAAGAACUGUACCUACAAUCAGGUGCAGACUCGCAGUGCCGAUGAGCCCAUGACCACCUUUGUGCUGUGCAACGAGUGUGGAAACCGCUGGAAGUUCUGCUGAACAGAAACCUCACGGCUGACAGAGACUGCAAAAUCCCAAGGAUUUCAACAGAUCAUUUCCACUUUGUACAUAUCAAAGAACAUCAAUCAGUGAUUAACAUGGCUAGACUGCUGUAUAGUACUUUUAAUUUAUAUUUGAUUUUUUUAAAAGAUUUUUUUUUGCAUGUAAUUUGAAAGGGUCUGAAAUCUGUAGCUAAUUUCAGGGAGUAAUGUUCUGUAAAAAGCUCCAGGGCACAGUAAUUUCUCAAAAUUACUGAAUAGGCUCUGGGGGCUUAGAAGAAUAGUCAUAAUUUUCCUGUGUUGCAUCACAUAUCUAAAGCCGUUAAUGCUAUUUUCCCACUGUAAGGAUUACUACAGCCAUUUUAAAGCCUUUUACAUUCUACUUCUUUGGGAUUUCCCUUGUCCAACAGUGUUUUGGAGUUGCCCCCAUGAGAAAAACAAGAUAAUUUUAGGAGCUCAAGAGCUCCACUUAGCACCCACAGGAGACUGACCUCAGCCCAACCUGGGUUGCCAUCGAACAGGACAUAGAGCCUGUUCAGUAUCUGCCCCCCUCACGAUGUGAGUCAGCUGGCGAAGGGUGCUUGCAAAUGGAGCAGGUGACUGUCACUAAUGGCAGAGUAAAGGUUCCCCCCUUCUGCCAUGUUCUGUUUGUAAGCCAAAGUGCUGCGAGAGUGGCUGGCACUGAAGCAGAAAUGUUCAUGCUUAUUAAUGAGCUCUUGUCAUUGUUAGUAUUGGCCCACAUGCCUUAACUGGCAACGGAGCUGUUUCUAGAGACCAGAGAGCCAAAGCAAUUUUAUCCCUCAGGCUGUUUUCAGGAUAGGGUCAAGGGGCAUGCCAGAGGAGAAUACCACCAGUGAAAUAAGAGAUGAAGUUUGUUUCUGUAAAAAAAGAAAAUCAGGGUGUUGAACUGUUAAAAUGAACUAUUAUAGGACAGGCUUGCUGUCCAGAGAUGAAAAUGCAACAGGGCAGGCUGGUACUCUUGUUUUUUUUAUGGCUACAGUCCAGGUGUGAGCCAUAGGAAACAGAGACAUGCCGGAGAGGCAUCAGGUAUCCUUCAGGAGAAAGCUUUACAUACAAAUUUACAAAUACCUAUUUACAAAAUAGGAAAUUGUGUGACCCCUGCUGCCACACAUCCCAGAAGUCACGGCACCUCUGCAGCCACUUCUGCAGGUGGCAGGAAUGUGAAAAACAUUUUAUUUCCAGCUUUCAGCACGUGUGAAAGCAGUGUUCUUAGCCUCACUCAGUAUGCCUGCUGCUGAACCUGUUGCUUUAAUGCAUGCUGUUGUUAGGAAAAAAGUUGAUCUCCGUUAUCGUUCAAGGUCAGAAUUCCAUUGUGAAUUACUGAAUAUCAACUGUAUGAUGAGUCAUUGAAAUUUUUAAUCUCCUAAAUAUAAGAAAAAUACUUGAAAACUAUCAUCACUCUGCUGCACUCCCUGAGUGCAGUUAGAUUCUGCAGACACCACCAUGCUCUUGCCCUUCGUCCAUGUGAAAGUGUUUCCAGUGCAUCCUACAUGUGCUGUUGUGUUCUUAAGACAAUAUUGUGUAUAAUAAAGUAAUGCCAAAGCAGCAUUAAAAAACAGGAUCUGUAUCACAAACUUAAUACAGGGUGACUGUCGGGUCCCUGUCUUUCCUUUGCUUUGGGGAAUGGAGACUAAAAAAAAAACGUGCUGCUACCCCUGCGGUGCAAGUGUGUGUAGGCUGCUGCCACUGGUCAUGUGACCCCUGCGCCGCGCUGUCCUAGAGGGGGGUCACGUGACCCCUGCUGCAUCCCACUUGCUAUUACUGUGUGCUUCAUGAAGCAAAUGGUCUUUUGAAGCCACUUAAAACGCUAAAAAAAUUUAAAUAAAUCAAUUUACCAUUGAAAACAGUUUCAGAAGUCCAAGGUCAAAGUUACUAGUUGCAGCUACACGAUACAAUGGUGGCUGAAAUGUUUUAGAAAAGAUUUCCAGUUUCCAGCAUCUAUGAGGGCACUGUUAUCGGCCUUCUUCGGUAUGCCUGUUGCUAAGCCUAUUGCUUUAAUGCAUGCUGUUAGUAAAAUCAAUCUCCAUAAUCGUCCAAGGUCUGAAUUCCAUCAUGAACUACUCUGAUUGUUAAUAUCACCUGUAUGAGUCAUCUAAAUUUUUCAUAUAAUAAAUAAGAAAAAUACAAAUAUGAAAUAUUUCAUCACUGCUGCUCUCCCUGAAUGUAGUUAUAUCUUGCAGAGAAGGGCCAUGCUUGUUGUCCAGUUCAAUGUUAAGGUGUUUCUAAUGUAUGCUAUGUGUGCUGUUGUAUUUUUUUUAACACACAAUUGUAUAUAAUAAAAUAAACAGCAUUAAAAAGAGUCUCUGUACCACAAACUCAACACAGGAUGAGCACAGAAUCUC